UGCUCAGCUCCUGAUGGUGGAUUAGCCACAAUAGACUGCAGACCUGCAAUUGGGAGAGCUCGUCACUGCCAACUCGCUCCUUUAAGCAUGGAUUCCUUUUUUCGGUGACUUUUUUUUUUGCAUUCGAGCCGGUUCGCCACGUUAAGAUCUCGCGGGGGAAAGGUCAGCGGGGAUCGAAUGAUAAGUCACAGACAAGUCGACGGAUUCUUGGCCCUUUUAUCCAAGCAUGUUCAAGACAGCGCACUACCCCAACGUGGACCCCUCAUCCACCAUCAUGCACGGCACCUGGCUCGCCUCCUCCACUAUGGGGUACGUGCACGCCCCCUCUGCCGUGGCCGUGGAGAAACCCAAGAAGAACGCUUUCAGCCUGGCCAAAAUAAUGUCUCUGGGCGGCAAGAAGGGCCACGGAGGCAACGCGCACUACAACAACAACAACAACACGCCCUUCGCCAUCCACUGUCAUAUCGGCAAGGAGAUUAAGCAUAUUUGCAGCAACUGCAGCCGAGGAAACGACACGCAGGACGCUGAGGAGGUCGAAAGGCUUGCCGGGAUGCGAGCCGAGUCCUUGGUUUCUCCCCCCAUCCGUUGUCGGAGCAGGCUCGCCACUCUGGGACGCCUCCUCAAGCCCUGGAAAUGGAGGAAGAGUAAGAGCGACAAGUUCAAGCAGACUUCAGCCGCCUUGGAGAGAAAGAUGUCUGUGCGACAGAGUCGAGAUGAACUUAUCAAGAGAGGAGUUCUGAAGGAGAUCUUUGAAAAAGCAACUGUUGAGUUCCGAUCUUCAACGGACGGCGGUGUCUGCACUCAGGAGCCCUUACCCAAACAGUCCAUGAUCCGGGGCCCCAAGAAGUCUGUCACCUACCCAGGUGACCUUCAGGAUAACCAAGCUGCCAAGCCGCCAAUGUACCACAAGCAGCCUCCCGCUCUCCCUCCCAAGCCUUUCUCCCGGAUCCCAAACCAUAACACAGAUUCUUGCCAGCCAAUGAAUUUGCUCUGCAUGCCCGGGACAAAGCACUCUCCGCCGCUCCCUCCCAAGAAAGUCAUGAUUUGCAUGCCUGCAGGGGGACUGGACUGCUCCACUUCCCCGUCUCCGUCUCCCAACCCCCUCAGCGCGCUUUCCCAAAAGUGUACCCCCAACCAGGUCAUGCCAAGCCACCACGGCACACUGUUGCCCUCACAGCUCGCCGCUCUUCACCAGAACCAUGGCCAUCCUCUCCAGCUGCAGUACGGCAGCUUGCACGCUCCCAGCCGCAUCAUCGAGGAGCUCAAUAAAGCUCUGGCCCUGUCCAUGCAGAGGUUUGAGAGUUCUGUGUUGCACGGUAGCGGCCAGUGCGCUCCUCUGGACAGAAGAGAAGUGCCGUCUGUGAUCAUCGACUAUGAGGACGAUAAGGAGAACAUGCCCAAUGAGUCGGACUAUGAGGAUCUGCCCAGCAUGUAUAAGGAUGAGGACGACGUAGACGAUGACGACGAUGAUGAAGACGACGACUCGAUAUUCACAAGCACUUUGGCUCAGAAGGUUCUUCGUAAAGACUCUCUAGCUAUCAAGCUAAGCAAUCGUCCAUCCAAGAGGGAGCUGGAGGAGAAGAAUAUCCUGCCAGUGCAGACGGACGAGGAGAGGCUAGAGUCCAGGCAGCAGAUCGGCACCAAACUCACGAGGCGCUUGAGUCAGAGGCCGACAGCGGAGGAGCUGGAACAAAGGAACAUCCUCAAACCUCGCAAUGAGCAAGAGGAAGUCGAGGAGAAGAGGGAGAUAAAGCGACGGCUGACUCGAAAACUGAGCCAGAGGCCCACUGUGGAACAGCUGAGACAGGCCAAAAUCCUCAUUCGAUUCAGUGACUAUGUGGAGGUCUCAGAUGCCCAGGACUACGACCGGCGGGCGGAUAAGCCCUGGACCCGGCUCACAGCAGCUGACAAGGCGGCUAUACGAAAAGAGCUCAACGAUUUCAAGAGCAAUGAGAUGGAGGUGCACGAGUCAAGUCGUCAUUUAACCAGGUUCCACAGACCAUAGUAAACCAUUGUUGUGGUCAAGCAGUGCUGUAGAACCUUAAGUGCUGGACAGUCAAAUGGUGCCCGUUUCCUUGAACAAGGCCAUGUCUUCAGAAAUGCCUUCCCCCCCCACAAACAACUGAGUCGGUACUUGACACCACACUACUAGUCCCACCCACUGUAGUAGCACAUAUUGGUGACUCCAGUUGAUUCACCGCACCUCCCCUUUACCUGUUUGGUGGAAUUAGCUUCACUUCCAAAGUUCUCCAGGCUGAGCUCUCAGGCAGGUGCUCAGUUUUAUUUUUGUCUUCAGAGAGUGACAAAACAUUUACUCACAGUGUCACAAUCCCUCUUCUUGAUGAUGACAUCACUCACGGAGCUCCUAAGGGAAGGACUAUUGUUAUCUCAUCAGCCAAGGCAUUCAUUUAGGGGUGUAACGUCACAGUGUGCGAUAGUUCAUGCCGCUUUUUUUCCUGCCAAAUGCUAUAGCGCCCUCUGGAGUUAGGUCUGUGUAACAGUCAUUACUGUAAGUCCUGACUUCUGUUCUUCCCCCGUCAGUGUAAUUCUCACUGUACCGACAAUGUUGCCAUCCAAUUGCUUACUGUGAAUCAAGAGGGCUUUUUUCCCCCGCUCUCAACGUGUACAUAGUGUUUAUAACUCAGAGAAUCACUUUUGGCCAAAUUUCAUUCACUUGCAUCAGAAAAGUGUAAAUGUUAUGUAAAAAUUGCAGCUGAAAGGUUUUAUAUUAUUUCUUUUUUUAAAAUGGAAACUCUUUGAAUGGAGAUAUGAAUUAAUACUAUGAGCAAGACAUUCAACCGUGUUAUCUUUUUUCCCAAUCAUUACAGUCGUAUCCGUAGCUCUCUUAACCUGCGUUUUAUUACGCACAUUACUUUUUAAAGUCAUAUUCUUUUUUUACAAGCAAUAUAGCUCUUGUUUAUGAAGAAAGGGUUUCUACCGACAGAAUGCUUCACUUCUGCAUUGUUUCUUUGUUUUAUUCACACCAGGAUGACUUUUCCUGCUCUUGUCGCCACUGAGCCAAUUAGCCCUCUGCUAAAACAGAUUGAACAUGGCAACACAUUCACAAUUAUGUCGGGUAAAUAAACACGUUUGCAUUUUAGUAUACCGAUUUUUAAACAUUUAAAAAAAUAUUUAGCACAAGUAAAAUAAUUUGCACUGGUAAGAAGUCAGCUGGUCUUAAGACCGUACUGUCUUUCUCUCCCUCUCUCAACAGUAUUCCAAUGUUCAUAAGCUUUAAGUACACUUAAUGUUUGCAUUUUUUAAAUGAAUGGAUUAAAAAAAUUGUAUUUUUCCUCAUCAGUGAUUGAUAAGUGACCCUGACAAGAAGUUGGGACAUAGACAGUUUAAACUAUAUGGUUUGCAUGCAUUAUCAAGGGUGUUGUAUUAAUUUGGAGCACAUAUCACAUUGGAACAAAAUUUCACUGGGUCAGCUAGUCUCACUGAUGUUGAAGAGUGGAUGUUUUUUAUUUUUUUUUUAAUUUUUUGUAUUGAUGAAGUCCACCACAGUAUCUAAACACAAUUCACAACACAAGCUGCCCAAACUGUGCAUGAGCGUUCCCUAUUUUGCUGAUUUUAAAAAAGGAAAAUGAACUCCUAAAUAGCCGUUUCCUUUCACAUGUAAUCGGAACAUGGACAGAUUGGAUUUUUUUUUUUUUCUGUCACUUUUGGAAUACAGAAUGCCAUGUACAGGAUACAUAAUGCCAAUUAAAAUCCAAUUUCUGAAUGCA